AUGAUUGACAGAAAAUUACAACGAAAAAUUCAAGUGCUACUAUCAACACCACUACGCAAACAGAAGAGAGUAUUGCUCUUAUGUGAGGGAAUUAGGGUCUUCAAUCCAGAAAAACUGGAACUACAGGUAGAAGCCUUAGCACUCUUUGACGUUGGCAUGGAUUCAACCUUUAUAUCACGGAAAUUAGCCAAUCAUUUAGGUCACGUAAAAAUCGAUGAAGAUAAUUAUAACAUGCGCUCCUUUGGCAACAAGGAGUCUAAA